GCUCCGGCACCACCUGCACCACCAGCACCACGUCAGCCCAGAGAAAGCGCCUACUGUCCAAGGUCGAGUUUCGGCGCCUCUCAAGGGGCACCGCCACCUUUGCCAUCACGUCCACCAGAGGAUAAGACCUGGGAGAAUCGAUUCAAAUUUCCUGAUGAAAACACUUUUCCACCGCCACCGGAGACUUACCGUGGGCCGCGAACUUAUGUGCGGUGUCGCGUCAAUGAUUCCAAGGGUGGUAAAAGGUUUAAUUCGUACGACUAGUUAG